AUGUUCUGCGCUAACCCCGGCCAUGUCUUUGCCAACUGCCCCUCUGCCAAUCGCCCGCGUAGUAACCAACCGGUUAUAAGGGGCGCCCUCCUCGCAUCCAGUCAUACGGCCGUCGACCCCGCUGUUCCACUGGUCGCUAUCCCGGGCUUCAUUAAUGGCCCCUGCCCGGGACCUUCCAAUGUUUCUCCUUUGUCUGCGUUUUCUAUCUAUGGCUUCUCGGUAUCGUCUGUGGAGGAUAAAUUGGAUGGGGAUCAUUUUGUUGCUUCUUGUAAAAUUAUAAACAAUAAAAUAUCCAUUCAAACUCACGCAUUGAUUGAUACCUGUUGCUCCGGAUUCGCAUUCAUUGAUGAAACAUUCGCGUGCCAUAACAACCUCCCAUUUUUCCCCCUUAAAUCACCCCGCACUCUUGAAGUCAUCGAUAGACGGCCCAUAUCUUCCGGACAGAUUACCCACCUGUGCUACCUCCCCCUGUCAAUUGACUCCCACCACGAAACCAUCCCCUUCUUCGUCACUAAACUCGGCUCGUACCCACUCGUACUCGGAAUCCCCUGGCUUCAAUUAUACGACGCCACCUUACGGUUUAAGGACAAUAGCAUACUAUUCGACUCCGAAUACUACAAGCGCAAGUGUAACUCUUCCGCAAUACCCGUUCCCAUUAGAGGGAUUGCACCACCACCCCGUUUGCACCUCGUUAGUUCAGCGGCUCUUUGCCGCUUUGCUCGAAGGGACAAGCUCCAAAUCUUUAGCACAACUAUUGAGGAAAUAGACCAAAUCAUGGGGGAGGCCCCUAAGGAUGACUGGAGGAACCGAGUUCCAACCUGGUAUAAGAAGUUUCACGAGAUGAUGGACGAAAAUUUCUCUAACGAGAUGCCGCCUCGCCGCCCCUAUUACCAUAAGAUACCGCUUAAGGAAGGGAAAGAGCCCCCUUUUGGGCCACUUUAUGGUAUGUCCCGUGAGGAACUCAUUGUGCUUAAGGAAUACAUACAGGACAACCUCCAAAAAGGCUUUAUUCAGGCCAGCUCUUCACCUGCCGGUGCCCCUGUCCUAUUUGUUAAAAAGGUCGAUGGAACACUCCGCCUCUGUGUCGAUUAUGGUGGCCUCAAUGAACUCACGGUCAAAAACCGCUGCCGCUCAUCCGGGAAACUCUCGACCGCCUCUCCAAAGCCAAGUGGUACACCAAACUUGAUCUUCGCCAAGGUGAUGCCCUUCGGCCUUACCAAUGCGCCGGCCACCUUCCAACACUUCAUUAACGAUUGCGUCCAUGACUACCUUGAUAUGUUCUGUACAGCCUACCUUGACGAUAUUCUCAUCUACAGCGACACCUUCAAGGAACGUCAAGUACAUGUCGAAAAGAUCCUGAAAGCCCUACAAAGAAGUGGAGUACUGCUGAAACCAGAGAAAUGUGAAUUUCAUACACAAAGCACCACCUACCUCGGCCUCAUUAUCGAAACCAAUGGUAUUAAAAUAGACCCAAGGAGAGUGGAGACAGUAAAGUAUUGGACCGUCCCCAAAACAGUUAAGGAUGUGCAAGCAUUUCUAGGUCUCGCUAACUUUUACGGCCAAUUCAUACGCGGAUCCUCGGAACUGGCUUCCCCCCUCACCAGACUGAUACGUAAGGACAUAUCAUUUGAAUGGACACUCGAAGCCCAAACUGCCUUCAACAUCCUGAAAGAAGCCUUCACAACGGCUCCCAUUUUUACUCAUUUUGACCCGGAGAAGGAAAUUACUGUGGAAACUGACGCAUCUGACUAUGUCUCUGCCGGUGUACUCUCCCAAUACGAUGAUAAUGGUACCCUUCGACCCAUCGCAUAUUUCUCAAAAAAGCACUCCCCCGCCGAAUGCAAAUACGAGAUUUAUGACAAGGAAUUACUGGUGAUUAUUCGAUAUUUUGAGGAAUGGCGACCGGAACUUGAAGGGGCUGCACACCCAAUCGCCGUCAUAUUCGAUCAUAAGAAUCUCAAAUACUUUAUGAGUACUAAACAACUCAACCGGAGACAAGCACGGUGGGCAGAAUAUCUCUCACGGUUUAAUUUUGUCAUUAAGUACCGACCAGGGAAACAAGGAGGGAAACCGGACGCGUUGACAAGAAGAUCGGGAGAUCUCCCUGGAGAGGGGGACGAAAAGCAAUUACAUCAGAGUCAAGUUGUAUUGAAGAAAGAGAAUCUUGUCGCAAAGCUAAGUUUGUUGGCGGGUUCUCUCUCAAAUGAGCCCGCUGAAAAGAACGCCUCACUGCACAUACUGUUCGAUGAAGGAGAUAGCGCUGACCUGUUUCCACAAAAGAUACUGGAUAUGCGGAACCAAGGUGAACGACAAUCAAAGGACAUAUCACUCGCCGAAUUAACCGAGGUGGAAGGCCGGUUGCUUUACCGAAGCAGCAUAUAUGUACCCGAUUACGACCCUCUCAAGCUCCGAAUCCUCCAACUUUACCAUGACGCUGCCUCCGCCGGACACUCUGGACGCGAAAAAACAUUCGAACUCAUCAGUCGAGACUACUACUGUCCCCUUAUGCGGAAUUAUAUUGCCCGUUAUGUUCGGAACUGCCACACCUGUCAACGAAUCAAACCCAACACCCAUGGAAAACGCGGCGUACUUCGACCUUUACCGAUUCCCGAACAACCAUGGCAGGAGGUAUCAAUGGACUUCUUCACUGGCCUACCGGAGAGCGAAGGGUAUGACGUGAUUAUGGUAGUUGUUGACCGGUUAACAAAGAUGCGAUAUCUCCUGCCCUGUAAUACCACCGUCAACUCCGAAGACGUCGCCCAACUAUGUCUGCGAAAUAUAUGGAAGCUCCACGGACUACCCACACAUGUCACCUCCGACCGCGGUACGCCAUUCACAGCCAAGUUCUGGAAGGCUCUCUGUAAAUACCUCGACAUCGAAGCCAGAAUGUCCACCGCCUUCCACCGGGAAACCGACGGCCAAACCGAGAGGCUGAACGCCGUAAUGGAGCAAUAUCUACGUGGGUAUGUCUCUUAUCAACAGGACGAUUGGGUAAAAUGGCUCCCUAUGGCAGAAUUUUCUGCCAACAAUCAGGUCUCCGAAUACACCAAAGCCAAACCAUUCUUCGCAAACUAUGGUUUCUACCCCCGGUUUACAGUGACGAUCAAAUCGCUUGACAGGACCCCACCAAGCCUCAAUGCUAAAGACUUCGCCACGAAGAUGAAAGAACUCCAGGAACACCUAUGUCCCAAUAUCCGCACGGCGCAAGAUCAACAAGAGCAGGCCAUCAACACCAAACGAACGCCGGCUCCACGGUACGAUAUCGGCGAUAUGGUGAGUAUGAAAGUGCACCCCAUCUUCCACGUAUCAUUAUUAGACCCCGCUGCAAAUGACUCUGUCCUGGGGCAAACUCAAUCACCACCCCCGCCUAUUAUCGUCGAACAGGAAGAGGAGUAUGCAGUGGAGGAAAUCUUGGAUUCAAGGGAAACGAGGAACAACGGCCUGCAAUACUUUGCUAAAUAUACAGGCUAUACCGACCCUACUUGGGAACCCGCCACUUACCAUGAUAAUACCGCCACUGUCGAUAUUUUCCAUGCACAUUACCCCGACAAACCUUGA